UACGCACACACAUCCAAUCGAGGAAAAAAGCUACACAAUGGCGAAUCUGGAAUACCUUUGAUGUGACAUAUUUUUCUCGAUGUUCGAUUGAAAAAGUGAUUUUUCUGGUUAAAAUUGGCGAAAAACCUGCUCCCGGUGACCUUUCCGGUACGAAGAAUCGACGUGUAGUGAAAAUAGGCACCCAUUGUUGGAUGUGCUUGAUUUUUAGGCCGAUUGAAAUUGGGGACGGUACCAGUGGAAGGUGAAAUAUUUUUUUUUUCUCGUCGGUCUGAUCGCGGGCGAAAUGACCUUAUAAGAAAAUAAUAUUUUUGGUGUUCUAAUCGGUUAUUGGUGGUCCAAAUCAUUCCCCAACUGUUCCCCGAUUGGGGAGAAACAGUGAACUAGUGUGUGAUUAAGGACUAGAACCGAAUCUCGACUAUAAUGUGCCACAAGAAGACGGAAAAAUGUGUAUGAAGGACCAAAAGUACGGAAUGAGAAUUUCACUUCCACAAAAUGGUAGCAGCAGAAAUUGAUGUCGUCGUCAAAUUCUACUUCUGCAUGGAAAUACCUUCACUAGCCAAAGACAAUUAAAACACUUGUGCAAAGAGGUGCCGCAGUGAGUGUAUGCCAUACUUGGGGAACUAAUCCCAAGAUUUCGAAGGAGAUAUCAUAAAUACCUACUAAGAACACAGGGAUUCCCUUGGAAAAUCGUUCUCGACAAACACUGCACAGGAAAGUGUGACAACUGUGAUAAAUUCAACUAAGCAGCAUCCUUAUGUUCUUGCCCUAGGAGAUCUGAACUCCGUCCAAGUGAGGAAAAAGGACAUCUAGGUGCUUCAUGUUAUUGGACCGGUAGGGUAAAAACUUGUGGCGUUGACUAAUGCUUUCUAAGUUCUAAUUAUCAUGGAGAUGAUGAAAAGUAGCACCAGAAAUCCCAGCAUCGCAUUGGUUCGAUUCAGAUUGAACCCACUCAUACGCGGCGUCAACAUUCCGACAAUGUUCCACCGUAAAACGCACGGUGAUAUGUCAAAUGUCACUAGAGCUGAAAAAAGUUCUUCUACUUCCAUCACAUCUAGCGUGGAAGUGGCCUUCCCGUAUCUGAACAAGUCUGACUAUAUCUACUUGACACAAUCAACGGACAGCGACUGUGAGUGCACCUUCUCGCUGAUCACAAGAUUUCCAUUGGAUGACUUCGGCGCCAACAAGGCGUUCGUUAGCCAUAUUACUGAGCUGAUGCAAACCACUAAUUCUGUGACUAUGAAAUGUGAUUUUAAUGCUUACCUGAAUAAUGUUAGUAUUAGUCGUAAUCUACCACUAGCUGAAUGUACUACUUUAAGCUGCGACCGACAAAAACUGAUCAACGAGCAGAAAAUUGACGACGUGUCUCCAUCAUGUUCCAGACAUAGCUCGUAUACGAAAUUCGACGAUUUACUGGCAAUGAUCGCCAAUGAGAAGACGCUGCUGCAACGUCUCGUUUCAGAAUCUCAAGGAAGACUACGGCCUCGCAUGCGUUUGUGUGGUGGUGGAGAGGACUCGGUCAAUAAUGGCACCAGUGCCUGGGGAACCCCUCCGACAUCCGCCAACAGUACUAGUGCUUGGGGCAUGGCAAACCAACAACCGCCGCAAGCAUGGGGCGGAACGCCAGGCAAUAGCAAUGCAAACAGUAAUAAUACUAGUAAUAAUAACAAUCAACCAGCAACGAGUCAAUCGCAACGGCAGCCAUCACAAUCACAGGAUCAAAAUGCGAACAAAGCGCCGCAACAGGGGCAAAAUACCACCAGCAACAGCACACCGAACGCUUGGAACCGAAAUCCCACGCAGCCCACAGGGCUGAACCCAAAUACUGCUAACAAUAAUUUACAACUGCAACAGCAGCAACAACAACAGCAACAGCAGCCAACACAACAGCAGCAAAUAGCCCUUGCCAACAACGGACCCAUUGCAGCAAAAAGCCAAUUGGAGCAGCUGAGUAAUAUGCGUGAAGCGUUGUUCAGUCAGGACGGCUGGGGAUGCCAGAAUGUUAAUCAGGAUACGAACUGGGAAGUUCCUGGGUCACCGGAACCUGGAAAGCCGGAAAAUAAUGCACCACCCGGUGGAUCUGGAGGAGGCAAUGGACCGAACCCGUCCGCCACAGGAUGGAAACCUUGUAAUACCAACAAUGGCACAGAGCUAUGGGAGGCAAAUCUGCGCAACGGUGGUGCGCCUCAAGCACCACAACCAGUGCAAAAAGCCCCAUGGGGUCCGGCAUCCAACAUUGGAGGCACAUGGGGCGAAGACGAUGAUUCAGGUGAGGCCAACGUUUGGAACGGUGGUGCAACAGCAAAUCCACAAGCAGCAGCUCCACCUGCUUGGGGUCAGAAUAACCCUGCCAUGUGGCCACCAGGCAACGCUUCUGGACCAAAUACGGCCGCGGUUAAAAAAGAAAACGAAUGGGGAGGAGUUGGUGUGAUUGGUGGCAACACCGCUGCCAAUCCAACUGUGCCGCCAGCAGUUUCCGGAUGGGAUGGAAGAAAUGCAGCCGCUCCAUCUGUUAAUAUUCCAGGCCCGAUUGGGCAAAACACUCCAAUGGAUACAGCUCGAGAUAUUCGUGGCGAUCCUCGUGGCAUAUCUGGCCGUCUGAAUGGUAACGUUGGAAUGUGGGAUCAACCAAAUGUCCCGAAUCUAUCGGCUGCUGCAAAAAUUGCACAAGGGCCUCUUCCUACAGUAACCAGCGGUGGCGGCAACCAAUGGAAUGCGCCUAUUCCUAACAAAUUGCCUGGAGCAUGGGACGAUUCGUCCCCAUCACUAAACACAAGACCAUCGUUAGAUGAUGGACCGAAUGCGAUAUGGAAUCAAGGACCUUUGUCACGUCAAAAUUCGAAUGCUUCUAACUGGAAAGAUAUGCCAGAUAAUGUUUCACGGAAUUCCGUAUCACGAAAUCCUGCUGGAAAUAUGCUCGUUGGUGGGCCAGUUGCACGAGGCAUGCGUUUGGGUGGAAUGAAUCCUGGUAUGAAACCUGACAGCAAUAUGUGGGGUCAAAACCAAGGAAUGCCAUUGAAUGGUUCAUGGGAUGACGGCGGAUGGGAUGAUAAGGCUUUGGGUGCUAAUGUACCUUGGAAUGACUUUGGUCAAAAUAAUCUCUGGAAUAAGGGAAAGCAAGGUAGUGGUGGGUGGCCUGAUUCUAGUGAUAUGAUUGGCGGCGGUGGUGGCGCAAGCGCAGACUGGAACAUGAAUAAACCACAGAACAAACUCAGUCAGGCUGAUUUUAUUCGGAAGAGUAAUCAGUAUCGGAUGCUUUGUGAGAAUGGUUUCAAGAAAGAAGAUGUUGAAUGUGCUCUCCGAAAUACUAACAUGAAUUUCGACGAAUCGUUUGAUAUAUUGCAACGUCAUUGUGCAACUGGUGGCCUGGGCGAUUGGAGACGCCCGGAUGAUCAUUCGGCAAGUGGAUUCGACGCUCCUUUCAACAACCGGUUCCCAGCGGGUCAUGGAUCGGGAAUGCCAUUUUCACAGAAUCUCCUGAACAAUUUACCGGGCGUUGGAGGCACUAAUCCCAAUCUGGCUGCUUUGAACAGUAUCAAGUACCUGUCUCAAGGUCCAGUAGCCGGUCAUUCGUCAUAUUCGCAAGGACCGAAUCCGUUAGCUACUGCAUCCGCAUCAAACCCACAAAACGCCCAAGCACAACCUUCGACUCAACAAUUGAGAAUGCUCGUGCAACAGAUACAGAUGGCAGUUCAUGCCGGUUUUCUGAACCACCAGAUAUUGAAUCAGCCCCUUGCUCCUACGACUUUGUUGUUACUCAACCAGCUACUCAGUCAGAUACGACAAAUGCAGCACAUUCAAAACAACCUCGCUCGAAGUGGUGGAGCUACCGGUGUUAGUACCGUGCAGCUAACAAUGCAAAUCAACAAACACAAGGCGCAGAUCUCCCAGCUUCAGCAACAAAUAGCAGCGCAGCAAGCAAUUUACGUUAAGCAACAGCAACAACCACAGCAGCAGCAUCAGCCUACAGGUCCCCACCAGCCACCUGUAACUCCAGGGGGGAUGAACCCGGGCCUUGGCGGGGCUGAUUAUCUGCGCCAACAAGACCUUGUCUCUUUGCAAAGCAACUUUGCAGAUAUGGCUCUUGGAAAAGAUCCAGUGACCUCCAGUGGAGGAUUUCCAACCAGUGCUGCAGCUGCGGCCGCCGCCGUUGCUGCAGUCAAUAACAGCGCUGGUGGCGCUGCAGUGAACGCCGGAAUUGCUGCCGGUGCCACUGGUAUUACUAGUCAACAGUCUCGCCUGAACCAGUGGAAACUGCCAUCGCUUGAAAAAGAAAGUGGCGCCGGUGGUGCUAAUGAUCUCACUGAUUUUUCUCGUGCUCCUGGCACGACCGGAAAAUCAACUUUAUCAACGGCAAGCUCGAACAUGAGUUCUCUAGGUUUACAAGACGGAACGUGGUCGUCUGGACGUUCUCACAUGGCUGAUGGUUGGCCUGACCAAACCUCUACUGGCAGUGAUCCGGAUAACAAGGAUUGGAAUUCACCACAGGAUAAUGCUGCAUUCUCCGACCUAGUGCCUGAGUUCGAACCAGGCAAACCGUGGAAGGUAAAGGGUGCGCAGAUGAAAAUUGACGACGAUCCAAGUAUUACCCCUGGUAGUGUGGCUCGCAGUCCGUUGUCUAUUGCAACAGCAAAGGAGACUGAUUUGUUCGGUACCGCUGGCAAAGCAUCGCCGACAGAUUCAAUGGGUCUCACGUCUUCCACAUGGGGCUUCAACUCAUCACAUCCAACUGGUGGAAAGCUGGCUGGCAAUGCUGCCAAAAAUACAUGGCCUGAUACGAUAACAUCCACCACUGCAAGCAGUAGUUCUGAUCUCUGGGGAGCUCCGGUGGGAAAACCCACGCGUGGACCACCACCGGGACUGGGUGCUAACAAAAAUGUGUCGUCCGCUCCCAAUGGCUGGCCCGGCAGCAGUGGUGUUCAAAGAUCCGGUUCGGGCGGUAACUGGCCGAGUGGAUGGGGGUCGUCGUGGCUUUUACUAAAAAAUCUAACUCCACAGAUUGAUGUCGCUACGCUUAGAACGCUCUGCAUGCAACACGGGCCAUUACAAAAUCUGCAACUGUACGCCAACCACGGUUUGGCACUGAUCAAAUACUCUUCUCGCGAGGAAGCAAACAAGGCUCAACAGGCGCUCAACAACUGUCCACUUGGAAGUAGUACUAUCGGGGCCGAAUGUCCCAGCGACACCGAGGUGCAGGCCUAUCUACAACAGCUCGGAACGCAAGCUGGAAGCAUCACUAGCAACGCCAUGGUGGCACCACCCAACAGCAGUGGUGGAGUAACGAGCGUUGCCCAAUCCUGGCGCCAAGCUCCCAGAACUGGCGGCUCUGACACCUGGGGCUCCGGGUGGCCACCUACUAGCACUGGCACUGGCAGUAUGUUCUGGGCACCGAUCGAAGGCGCCACCGAACGGAGCACACCUUCCAAUCUGAACUCAUUUUUGCCAGAAAGUUUACUAGGAAGCGAGUUGAACUAGAAAACCUUCUCCAACAUAGAAUGGUCUCGAGCCCUAUUUAGGCAUUGAAAGUCUAAUUAUAAACAUACUUAUCCAUUUUUCUACAAGGUUGUGUUUUUACAUAUGUUUUAAAAAUAUGUAUAUUUAUUGUUUUCCUUUAUUUUGGUGAAAUAAAAUUACACAGGAACUGUCGUCCAACAUGUUAUCAACUUUUCUUUUCAAACGUGUAUUUUUAUCAUUCUAUUGAGAGAAAAAUAAAGCAAACAAACCAGUCAUUGUGCCCAUAAGGGCACUAUUCUAUUACAUUUAGAAAAUGCUAAAACGAACAUAAAUGCAAUUCACAAAGGUGAUUCUCAGUGUUUUUACGAUGAACUGUUAUUGUUUAGAUUACACAAGAAAACGCGUACAUAGAUCUGUUACUCUCGAGUCGCGACAAUACCUUCAGAGGAAGACAACGGACAUAUAGUCGACUAUUGAAGAAAAAAAAAAGCGAUUGCAACAUCAUUUUUAUAUGAAAAAAAGUUUUAAUCUUCGUAGCAAAAUAAAAUAAUAAUAGAAAAGCAUACACUUUGCAGUGAAUAAACAAAAGGAGACAUAAAUCUAGUAUUAAUGAAAUGAUAAAAAAUAGCUGUCUAAGUCAGUUUUUUAGAUUUUAAGACAAGUAGUGGUAAUGAAAACCAGAGAUAUAGACAUUUGAAGUAUAUAAGAAAAUUAAAACUAUAUUUAUUAAUUUUAAUAUACAUCAAGGCGAGAACAUUAAAUUUACUGUAUAUGAGAAAUAUACAUAAAUGUUAUUAUUGAA